GGGAGGGGAAUCGCUGACAGUGUCUCCGCCCUCCUCCUCCUCCAGCCCCCGUCACCAUGGUGACCACAUAGUAUGUAUACUGAGCGAGGACUGAGAGAGGAGGAGGUGACGAUGAGUUCGGGGAGCAGUGAUGUGCGGGUUUAUGUCCGGGUGCGCCCCACCCCCAACUUCGCACAAGACAUCGUCACACUCGGGGAAGACAACAAGAGCAUCGAGGUCCACCUGAAGAAGGAUGAAAAGCUGGGCGUGGUCAAUAACAAGCGAUAUGAUUGGUCGUUUAAAGUGGACGGGAUCCUGCACAGCGCCGCUCAGGACGUCGUAUACGAGACGGUGGCAAAGUCAGUUGUAACCAAAGCAUUGCAGGGAUAUAAUGGUACAAUCAUGUGCUACGGGCAGACGGGUGCCGGGAAAACGCACACCAUCACCGGGACAACCGAGAACUACACACAUCGAGGAAUCAUCCCCAGAGCCAUACAGCAGGUCUUCAAAGAGAUUGGAGAGCAAAGUGAGAACUCUGUGACUGUGAGGGUCUCCUACCUGGAGAUCUACAAUGAAACCCUCUUUGACCUCCUGUCCACAUUACCCGAGGUGCCCGCUUCUGACACCCAGAUGGCCAUCGUGGAUGACCCACACGGGGUGUCUGUGAAAGGUUUAUCUGUCCACCAAGUUCCCAGCGAGGAGCAUGCGCUGAAUCUGCUGUUUGAGGGGGAGACAAACCGGAUCAUCGGAUCGCAUAUCCUGAAUAAAAACUCUUCCCGGUCCCAUUGUAUAUUCACCAUACACCUGGAGUCACAUUCCAGGACGUUAUCCAAUGCGAAGUACACCGUGUCGAAGAUUAACCUGGUGGACCUGGCGGGUUCCGAGAGAUUGGGGAAAACCGGGUCUGAAGGGCAGGUCCUGAAGGAAGCCACUUACAUCAACAAGUCUCUGUCCUUCCUGGAACAAGCCAUCAUUGCGCUGGCCGACCGCCGUGACCACGUCCCGUUCAGGCAGAGCAAACUCACUCACGCCCUCAAGGAUUCGCUAGGAGGAAACUGUAAUACCGUGUUGGUGGCGAAUGUGUACGCCGAGGUGGCUCAGAUUGAUGAGACUCUGUCUACUCUGCGAUUUGCCAGCAGAAUGAAAUGUAUACCGGCAGAGUGCAUCAUCGCCCAGCACUACGACCCCAUGCGAAUGUGUAAAAAUUUGCAGCAAGAGAUCGAAUUCCUUCGCAGGGAGCUGACCCUCCGCGACACUCUGGCCAAUCGUGCGGAUAUCGGCUACGAACCGUUUAAUGAUGGCCAGAUCACCGAGAUUACCUCUCAGGUCCGCAGAUAUCUGGAGGGGAAGAUCGAUGAGAUCGAAAUUCUGAGCCUCCGACAAAUCCAGGAGAUAUUUUCUCAGUUCAGACUUAUUGUGAACCACCAGGAGCAGGAAGUGGAAUCCAGACUGAGAAAGAAAUACAUUCUGAUAGAUAAGAAUGACUCUGCGGCCGUAUCGGAGGUGCAGAAGGCCGGGCUGGUGGAUGCGGAGGGCCAGUUGGUGGGAGAAUUGGACGGCACUGGUUUUGGCAUUGGAGUGGUGCCAUUCUCUCCAAAACCAUCAAAUAGUUCCAUAUCUGCAAAGAAAGCCAAGAGCCGAAAAUCCAAGGAGCAAGCCAGUCCUGUUGGUAGGAGUGGAAGUACUCAGAGUCCGGCUAUCGUUAAAGACCUUGAACCAUUUUCUCCAUCUAAAACCAUGUUUUCCACAUCACUGCGGGACUUCGAUGUGAAGGAGAUGGCUGUCAAAGAGCAGCAGGAAUCCAUUGUCAUGGAAACCCAGCGCUCAGAGGUUCCCAUCAAAGAGGAACCCAGCCGUCCCGGCUCUCCUCCCCCAAAAUCUGAAGCCUUUGAGGACUUUAAAGCGGACCGCGGGAGCGAACUGAACCGAAUAUUUAAGGAGAAUAAAUCCAUUCUGGGAGAUAGGAAGAGGAAACUGAAGGAGAUCACACAGAGGAUUAAUAUGAUCAAGAAAGAGAUCGAUGUCACUUCCCAGAACCUGAAUGUGACAAAACUGGAGAGAGAGAAACAAGGUGAAUACAUCAGUGAUGAAGGUCAGGUCAUCAUUGAUGAACAGGAGUUCAUGCUGAUUGUCAGACUGAAGGGUCUGAAGCAACAAUAUCGGGCAGAUUAUGAUGAACUGCAAGACCUGAAAGCCGAGGUUCAGUACUGCCAGAAACUGGUCGACCAGUGCCGACAGCGGCUGCUCACAGAGUUCGAGGUUUGGUAUAACGAGUCGUUCGUCCUCCCGGAGGAGGUGCAGAAUUCGAUGAAGGUCGGCGGCACUCUGAGACCCGGAAUCUUACCUGUCCGUAAAGUUAUGUCACUGGGUGAAGAUGAACAGGAGCGAUACGACAGACUUCAACAGGAGCUGCUAAUGGAGAUUCCGGGGGCUCUACCCUUCAACAGUGCCAGAAACAAAGCCAACCAGAGGCACAUCUACAGCCGAGCGAUGGCUCAGCUCACCCCCACCAAGAAGAAAGCGGGUCUGAUCACCAGCAGUGUUAAGAACAAACCUCCCUCCACUCUGACCAUCAUGUGACCGCAGAAAACCCGCUCUACCUGUCCCCUCCAGGAGAGGGCGCUGCACUGUGACACCAGCCAGGCCAACUAAACAAACAUCAUAAGUUAUAUAAUAUUUUAUAUCAUUCUUGUUAUUUUUACACUUUUUGUAAAGAUAAAUAAAAGAUCUUUCUUGCUGUUUACAACA